AGUGGUCUGCACGCGCCCCUGUCAAAAGUGUAGUGUUGGCCACACGCGCGGUGCACAAGAUGCUAGUGUACAUUACAGUGAGGGGCUGCUGAAGUCUGUUACGGAGUAGGCUACUCAAGAAAACUAUUCUUUUCGACAUGGAGAUCACCGAUUCCACUUGUAUGGAGCACCUGGUGAAGGAGCUGAGUUUGCUUCUCAAGCUGCUGGAGAACGAGAGCGUGAGUUCAGCCACGGCAGAGAAGAUGAGUGUGGUCAGAAACUUGGUCAAACAGCUGCAGCCAUCCGUGAAUGGAUCUGACUUAAUAUACAUAAACACGUCUCUCUAUGGAAAUGGUACCAGCUUUGUUGAAUCAUUGUUUGAAGAAUUUGACUGUGACCUGCAGGAUCUCAGGGACUCGCCCGAAGAGAUGAAAGAUGUGGAGCAAGACGAGGCAUCCAAGCACCCGCCCACAAAAUCGAGUCCCACAGACACACCUCCUCCCCUUCCUACCACACCUCCUCCUGAUGAUUACUAUGAAGAAGCCGUCCCGCUCGGAACGGGCACAACGCCCCAGUAUAUAACUACUCGCAGUAACUCCAGCCCUCCAAACUCAAUAGAGGAUGCUUAUUAUGAAGAUGCUGACAACAAUUACCCAACAACUCGACUGAACGGGGCCAGCAAAAACUCCUACAAUGAUUCAGAUGCACUCAGCAGUUCUUAUGAGUCCUACGAUGAAGAGGAUGAGGAAGCUAAAGGCAGAGAGAGGACACACCAGUGGCCUACAGAGGAGAGUCCAGAUGGUCAAAUGAAAGACUGCCGCAAAUGUGCAUUCCUGCUUCGCAAGAAACGCUUCGGUCAAUGGGCUAAGCAGCUAACAAUAAUUCACGAGAACAGACUUCAGUGCUUCAAGAAUCCCAAAGAUCGUUCUCCACACGUUGACCUCCCCCUGAAUCUCUGCAAUGUCAUCUACGUGCCUAAAGAUGGACGCCGCAAGAAGCACGAGCUUCGUUUCUCCAUGCCGGGGGGAGAGGCGCUAGUGCUGGCUGUACAGAGCAAAGAACAGGCCGAGAGCUGGCUCAAGGUCAUUCAGGAAGUAAGUAACUUGGCAAACAGCAUUAAUGGAAAAGAGAGUUCAUCCUCUCCAAUGAUACUGCGAAAACUAGAGCUGGAUAAGAUGAUGUUACCAGAUAAACAUACUUCUGAUUCUGACAGCGCAGCCAAUGGAGACGUCACCCGUGAGAUCUGUGAGAACGGGAAGGGCAAAAAAGGGACAUUCUCUGAGCUGACUGGAUCUAUGAGUCGAGCCGCUGGCAGGAGAAUCAACCGCAUCAUCAGUUUCUCCAAGAAAAAGCCGCCCCUGCCAGGCGAAACCAGCACGCUUUCCCACCUGGAUGACAAUCCCCGUUGUGGUUACUUGAAUGUCCUGGUCAACCAGUGUUGGAAGGAGCGCUGGUGUUGUGUGAGAAAUGGGACUCUGUAUCUCCAUAAGGACAGAGGGGACAUUCACACCCAUGUUAGUGCAUUAGCCCUCAAUGGUGUAGACGUCUUACCCGGUCUUGGACCCAAACAUCCUUUUGCCUUCCGCAUCAUGCGAGCGAGCACAGAAAUAGCCGCCCUGGAGGCGAGCUGUUCUGUGGAGAUGGGCCGCUGGCUGGGGGUUUUGUUGGCUGAAGCAGGCAGCGCUACCACCCCUGAGGCAUUGCAUUAUGACUAUGUGGAUGUGGACACCAUCAGCAGCAUCCAGAGCGCAGCACGACACUCUUUUCUGUGGGCAACCUCCUCUAGCAGCACCUCCACAGAUCCACGGACUUACGACGAAGUUCCCCAUGAAAGCGUGUUGGUAGAUGAAAAUCAGUCUAAACUGAAGCGUUAUUCCUCUAUGUCCAGUAUGGACACAGCCAAGGGUGACACACAGAUCACAGUGAAACGACACGGUUCCUCUGUGAAUCACUACGGUAAAUAUGGAAAGACGAGGGCAGAAGAAGAUGCACGGCGGUAUCUCAAUGAGAAAGAGCAGCUCGAGAAAGAAAAAGAAGCAAUCAGGAAGAGUCUGCUGUCACUGCGCUCAGAAAAGAGGGUGGUGAAGGAAGAGCUGAAAAAGGCGACUGAUAAACAACAGAAAGCCAUGGAGCAGCAUCUGGCCCAGCUGGAGGAAAGCUGCUGUCAGAAAGAAGCUGAGCGAGUGGACCUGGAGCUGCGACUUACGGAGGUGAAGGACAAACUGAAGAAGUCUCUGACUGGAGGAAUGCUGGGGGCGCCUGUGGAAGGCAAACCCACCAUUAAGGUUCCAGGCAAAAACAAAGAAGAUAUUUACAAUGGUGCCACUGUGCCGGUCAAUUGUGCUUCUGAAAUGAAGAAACGCCCCCCGUCGAUAUAUGCAUCCACCAAAGGAAAUGUCAUGCAGAAAGCCAAGGAAUGGGAGUCAAAGAAAGUGAAGUAAUUAUAACAUUGUCAUCAGAGGAGUCUGAGGAUCUGUGGCUUUGGUUGGAGUGUUAAAGGAAUAGUACACCCAAGAAUAAAAAUAUGCUAAACUUUUACUCUCAGACCAUCCAAGACGUAGAUGAGUUUGUUUCUUGAUCAUAACAAAUUUGAGGAAAUGU